CAUUUUCAUUUUUCGCACAUGUUUUUAUUACCUAUAAACAAAUUAUUAUUUUAACUAAAAGUCCUAAAAAUAACAAAUAAAUAUUAGCUUACGCAACCAAAAUAAAUAUUUUACUAAUUAAGUUGAUUGAGUUGAUAAACGAAAAUGAAAAUUAAAAAGCAACACCGUAAGAAAAAAUAUCACCAUAAUUUCAACAGAAAAAGAAUGCAUAUUAAAUUAAAACGAACCGGCGAGGUGAAUUGUAAAGUUAUAAAGGAGGCAUGGAACCCAAAAAAGACCACAAGUCGUAAUCUUCGUGACAUGGGACUUGCAACAGAUCCAAAUAAAGUUAUUAGCAUACCUAAUUUCAAACAAGAGAAACUAAAUAAAGCCUUGCAAAUUGUAAAUAACAUAGAAUCUGAUUCUGAGGAGGAAAAGGUAGUAGUACAAAAACCUGCACCCAAAAGAAGAGUAGCUGAGCAAUUGGAGCUAGAAGCAAGGGCACCUAGAGAAAGCAAAUUUAUGCUGCCGAAAGGACAAGUUGAAUUUAUAACAUACCUAUUAGAUAAAUAUGGACAUGACUACAAAGCUAUGGUGAAAGAUAGAAAAAACUAUUAUCAAGAAACAUGGAAACAGUUGAGAGCUAAAAUCAAAAAGUUUAUGGGCAUACCAAAACAGUACAGUGAAUAUCUUAAAACCAGAGGACUCCUAGACAAAGAAGAAGAUGAGGAAGAACUUAAAAAACAAGCAAAGGCCUUAGCUAUGGAUGAUAGUGACUAAUAAAAUUUAAUACAUUC